AUGCAGGAGCAGCAAUUUACAGAUGAGCCGAACUGUGUUACGAUCGACGACUUGUACAGUGCGAGCCGGUUGCAGAAGAUCUUGGUUUCUGCUACAUUAUCUUUGGACGUUGAGGAUCUUCGCGAAUGGCGUUUACGUCAUCCCCGUUUGUUCAAAGCGAUAAAAGAUAAUGUGAUCGUGAGUUCGAGGGCCGCCAGUUCAGACAGCAUCAUCAUACCGGACUCAUUGAAACUCGAAGUGGUCGUUUGCGAUACAAAACUGAAACCGCUUGCCAUUUAUGAGCAAAUUGAGCGGCACAGAUCCUGGAAGAAAAUUUUAAUUUUCGUUAACAGCAGAAUGGCCAGUUACCGACUUGCUCUUCUGCUGAAAGCUUUAAGUGCCGGUAAAUAUCUGGUCGAAGAACUUUCGUCAAAUCUUUUCGGUAAUCGGCGACAAAAAGUACUCGCAAGGUACGGUGUUUCGUUAUUUUACCUCAAUUUUCAACUUACAAGCUGCGUAGUUGCAAAAUCAUGCUGUGAAUUAACAUUUGUUCCAAAUAUUCCAUGCAUAUCAGGAAUUUUGUUUCUUUUUUUUUUCAAGGAAAUGCCAGAUUAUAGAUGUUACAACCACUUGUUGGCUUUUCUUUCUAAGUUUUUUUUUUCGUGUCUAUUCCAAGUAUGUAGGUGUUGCAUGACGUGA